AUGCUGUCAAACUGUGCUGGAUGUGGAAGCGAGAUACUGGACCAGUACAUCAUGAAGGUAUACCCCGACAUGUCCUGGCAUGCUUCCUGCCUCAAGUGCUACGAAUGCAAUCAAUUCCUCAACGAAAGUUCAACCUGCUUUGUUAGGCAAGAUAAGACGUAUUGUAAAAAGGAUUAUGUUAGACUUUUUGCCACGAGAUGUCGCCUGUGUCAGGCAGAGUUCAAAGAGAACGACCUGGUGAUGCGAGCGCGAAACCACAUCUACCAUACGGACUGCUUCCGUUGCGUCGCCUGCCACAGGAUUCUCAGUAGCGGCGAGGAGUACUGCAUCCGGGAGAAAGGGAUCUACUGCAAAGUUGACGUCAUAUCCAUCGACAAACAGGAAGAGGAAUGCCUGGGUGCAAGUGCUAAGACGAACUACCGAUCGGCUCGUAACAACAUCAGUAAUAAUAACAAUAGUAGCAACAACCGUAGUAACAACAGUAGUAAUACGACACGCUUGUCAACCUUGAGAACAACGUCCCACAAAUCCGACCAUAAGGCCACCAGGGUUCGAACAGUUCUGAACGAGAAACAGCUGCACACCUUGCGGACAUGCUACGGUGCCAACCCUCGACCCGACGCCCUCAUGAAAGAACAACUCGUCGAAAUGACAGGUCUCAGUCCAAGAGUCAUCAGAGUCUGGUUUCAGAACAAACGAUGCAAAGAUAAGAAGAGGACGCAGUUGUUGAAGCAGAUACAACAGCAGCAACAGGAAAAGGUUUGUCAUUUGUUUUUAUUCAAUUAUCUAAUUGGUUGGUUGGUAGUUAUUUUAGACAUUAAGACAGAUGAGUUAAUUAAUUGUCUUUUGUAA